GUUCAAGCCCUAGUUUCACCAACCUUCUUGUUAAAACACGUUUGACUGUUUAUAACGUAAUUUAAAUCGUUAUUUUAGACUGCUCAAAGAGAUGACAUGGUUACAAAUAUGGCGCUGAUUACACCGCUCUUUUUGUGGAGUUUCUGUCUAUUCUUUACGAAGGGUACUUGUUUACAAUCUUGUCAGCCUUUUCAUAUAAAGGCUGAAAAUCUGAACAAGCAACUGCUUGGUUAUAAGCUGUUUGACAUGAAGGUAUUGUCACAUCACGAAUGUGCCAAAGAAUGCAUGUAUAUUAGAGCUUGUGUUUCUAUUAAUUUUAAUACGAGGAGCAAAACAUGUGAUUUAAACUCAUCUGGAAGUGGAACAGUUAAUCCAUCAGAUUUCUACGAAGUAAAAGGAACAAUUUUCUCUGAUAUAUCAGACUGGCCUCAGUCGAUGGUGAGCGGAUGUAAACACCACCAGUGUGACAAAAAACAACGAUGCUCACCUCUAGGUAAUGGCGCGUAUAAAUGCGUCAAUAUCACAUGCGAUCAAGCACGGUAUGUUAGCGGAGAUGAUCAAUCUGGCACCACGAUCAUUGCUGGGACUAACAGUUCAUACGUGUUAACGUGCCCCGAUAACAUGUUUCACAGUGGUGACACGAGCAUAACGUGCCUCCUAAAUGGGGAGUGGUCAGUACCAGAAGCUACCUGCAUGGCGACAACAAUCGGAACAGCGUGCACAAGUAACUCUGACUGUAAUGAGUCCGAGGCAAUAUGUAACCAGGGUUACUGUUUUUGUAACCGAUUCUUCCGAUAUGACCCAGAUUCCAAAGACUGUGUGAAAGUUUGUACAACACUGACCAACUCUUUCUCGCUUACCAAGGGAAUGCGUGUGUCAGGCUUCAAUGACCGCGGUACUUCACCAGAAACUUUGGCUGAUUGUCAAACACUAUGUAUAGAUGAUACAGACUGCAUGUCGUUUGAAUUUAUUAAUGGUACAGACAAAUGCAGGAGAAGCUCUCUUUCAAAGCGAAUGGUACAAGAUGCUUUGCCUGAUUUCAUAGUAUUCGACACUGAAGAAAUUGAUUUCUAUGACAGAGAUUGUUUAUAAAAUAUAAAAUGAUGGUGAUUAUUAUAAUACAAUUGUAACACUGUAAAUGACUUCUUAAAGGGACUCCACUGAGAUUUAAAAACAUAACAUUUGGAUUUCUUACAUAAAUGAGCUUGGGCACUUAAAACAGACAUAUAUGCAAAGAUAGUUAAGAAAUAUACUUAAAAAUAAAUCAAAAAUCGUAUUUUUAUGCUUUUCUUAGCCCGAUUUGAGUGAAAAGCGUUUAAACGCUUUUCAUUUUUGGUCGUUUUUUUUACAAUUUGAAUAAUUAUUCUGGAUAAACGAAGUGCGCGAGUGAUCUGAAAUUUUGCACAAAGAUUAGUGGUCUAAACCUACAUCAAAUGGUACAUUUAUCUGGAAAAAAAUAUUUUCAGUCCCAUCAUGUCAAAAAACCUCAGUGGAGUCCCUUUUACACAGACAUAAUAAACAAAUAAUAUUGUUUUUGGUUUAUACAGAAUUUAUUUUAGAUCGAUUGUGUAAAAAACUUAUAGACGCACUUUCGCAUCCGUUCCUGGAACCAACCUGUAGUGAGUAAUGAGUGUAAAGUUUCUUGCUCAAGAAACAACGUCUUGCCCCUGGCAGGGUUUGAGCCCGUGUGACUAGCGGUCAUUAGAUUACUUUUCCGACGCUUUAGCUACACGGCCGUGAUGCUACUUAGUUUAGUAAUAUUGUAUCGACCAGUGCACAUACUUAAUUAUAUAGAUCUAGUACAUAUAAUUCGUAAGUAGUUCCUGGUGAUCAAUUCCUAAACCUUUUAUUAACAUAUUUUACUUACUGAUA